AUGACCACUCUCGACCUCUCGCACAAGACACAGCUAAUCGUAACAGCAGCAGCAGCGUCUUUGGCGACUGUGAGUCUUUUGCAAGCCUACAGCGCGUAUACGAGGCGUCUUAGGCGAAAAGAGCUCGCCCGUGAAAUCAACCGCUCCAUUUCUGCCCAUGAUUUCACAUCGCAAGAUUCGUCCGAGCUGGAGGAAGCGAAAAGCACUACGGAGUCGAAGGUCUCUCUGGAGGCUGUGAGGCUAGGACGCAGCGGGGAAUAUGACGAAGUGUUGAUUCGGGAACAGCUGGCGCGAAACUACGCUUUUUUCGGCGAGGAGGGCAUGCGAAAGAUUCGGUCUGGCAGGGUUGUAGUCGUUGGAUGUGGAGGCGUUGGAAGCUGGGCUGCUGUGAUGCUUGUAAGAUCAGGUAUCUCGAAAAUCCGGCUGGUGGAUUUUGACUACGUGACGCUUUCAUCGCUCAAUAGACAUGCUACGGCGGGUCUGGCAGAUGUGGGGACACCCAAGGUCAAGUGCAUAGAGAAAGCACUGAAGCAAAUCGCAAAAUGGGUAGAGGUCGACUCGCGCAUAGAGUUAUGGCGGAAGGAUGAAGGUGGAGAUCUGUUAGAGGGUGCUGACUGGGUUGUGGAUGCUAUCGACAAUAUUCAGACCAAAGUCGACCUGCUAAAAUAUUGCCAUGAUAACAAUAUCAAGGUUUUUUCCUCGAUGGGAGCCGGUGCAAAAUGCGAUCCUACGCGAAUACAAAUUAGUGACAUCUCUUAUACUAUCUACGACCCUCUCGCCCGCUCAGUGCGACGACGACUACGGCUCCUUGGAGUCGACUCAGGCAUUCCAGUCGUCUACUCCACUGAAGUGCAGGGUGACGUCAAGCUCCUGCCGCUACCUGAAGAAGAGUUCCAAAAGGGGCCGGUGAAGGAGCUCGGCGCGUUUGACGAUUUUCGUGUGCGCAUCCUGCCAGUGCUCGGUCCGCUGCCCUCGAUAUUCGGUCUGAACAUCGCCACGUACAUCCUGUGCGAGUUGGCAGAUAGACCCAUUAGCAACCCUUUGCCUAUCAAGAACAGAAGAAAGCUGUAUGAGAGGCUCUAUAGGGACCUGCUGCACCGCGAAAUAAAGAUCGCAGGCCAUCAGAUAAACCGCCUGCCGAUUGACGAAGACGACAUCGCGUUGAUAUUCGAGGACAUUCACCGUGGCCGGUCUAUUGUCCCUCCUCAUGACGUUCCGACUCGUCCAACCUUGGUUCGAUGGGACCCAAGACGCCCGCUGAGUGUCGACAACUGUGUCGUUUUUGAGCUGAACGAUGCUGAGAAGCAUGUGAGGGAGUGUUGGGCACCAGAUGGGACAGCGAAGGAGGAUACAACGCCGGAGAAGCUGUGGGGCGAGAGAGUGAACGAGAUCGUGCAACGCAGAGCUGAAGAGGCGAGGAGGGUGAGGGACUGGGUGAUGUGA